UGGUGAUAUAAACAAAAACACACGCUGCGCGGCGGUCACUGCCUGUUCGACAUAGUUUUCCUUAAACCUCAAAAUCAAACUGAAAACUAGAGUGUGAGGAGUCAGGAGCAACAGGACAGAGAUGAUACAGGGUCUCUCAGCUGUAUUGGGCUUGAAGGACAAUGGAGAAAGCUGAGAACAUUGGGCACUGGACCCUCUGGGUUUCGGCUGUUUGUUAUGGCUUGCACAGCGUUUGGAGAGUUAAAUAUGAUGUUGACUUUCCAGACUUCUUAGUUGAGAACUCGGCAUUUGGCCAAAGGGACCGGGCUGAUUUUGAAUGGGAAACUUGGCUGCCCAAUGCUCUUUUGGCAGCGCCCUUUUGCCUUGCCAACUUCAUGGUCGCCUCCUUCUUGCCCUCUUGGAAGCUUCUGCAAAUCUGGCGUGUAGUCUGUAGCUGCGCCUUUCUGCUCUACGUGAUUGGUCCCGUGAGUUUGCUGGUGUUGGUGCAGACAGCGUUGUUCCAUGCUCUGACUGUGAUCACCAGUAGAAGGGCCUUUUCCUGGGCAACUUGCCUGCUAGCCCUGAUCUACCUCAAUUCCGUUACCUAUGAACCGAUGCUGGACGAAUCCAACUCGUACCUGAUGGGUCUUGUGCAGUCUUGGGUGCUCAUGCGCAACAUGAGCUACUGCUUAGAUGUGCAGGAGAAAAGGGCCAAGGCAAGUCUGAUCCAGGCCCUGGCUCACGCCCUUUACCUUCCUCUGCUUUUCUCUGGACCUGUUGUCAUGUAUGACGAGUAUCUCCAAGAGGAAAAUACGCCUAGGCCUGCUGGACUGACAAAAAUGAGGCUGAUGCCUUUGCUAAUUGGCAUGUGCAGGUAUUUAUUUUGGGGCUUCGUAUUGGAUCUGUGGCUGCAUCUGAUCUACUCGGCGGCACUUUCUCAAAUGGUGUGGCAGCUGCAGUACGUCCCAAUUGGCACCAUGUACGCGAUUGUUUACUGCCUGGGUCAGUUCUUCAUGCUCAAGUACGCUGUUAUCUAUGGCUUGGCGGGCACCCUGGCCAGGGCAGAGGGAAUUCCUACCAAAGAGCCGCCCAAGUGCAUCGCCAGAAUUCACCUCUACUCAGACAUGUGGAGGCUUUUCGAUCCUGGACUUUACACAUUUUUAAACAGAUACAUCAACACUCCACUAAGGGAGUGGUGUGGUUCAUGGCUCUUAGCCUCUCUAUGCAGUUUUGGCUUUGUCUACGUGUGGCACGGCACUGCCUUUUAUAUUUUCAUCUGGUCAGCGCUGAACUGGCUUGGGAUUGUCCUUGAACGAAUGGCUAGUGCUUUUCUUGUAACGCUCGACGAAGAAAGAGAAACACAGACACGGAAGCGAGUGAGGGCUUUGUUGUCAACUCCGCUUCUGCUACUUGCAGCUCUCUCCAAUGGCUUCUUCCUUGCCAAUUACGAAGCAGGCAUCAUAUUCAUCUCCAGAUUCAUUUCUAGCUCAACCUACUCCAAAGUGUUGCUAGGUGUAAUUUUAUACAGCUGCUGUUUCAUUUCUCAACAGGUGAAAGAGAGCGAAAUUAGAAGAAAGGGUUACAAGAAAUCUUUAAUAAAAUUGUGAUUGAACUUAUUUAAAUCAUUAAAA